AUGGUUCAUGUAGUGAUUGUCGGAGGAGGCGGGAAUGUCGGACGCGAGAUCGUCAACGAGGUGGUUAGACAAGGCGAGCACCAAGUAACGGUAUUCUCACGCAAGACCAUCCCCGAACUCACCGACGCGGGAGUCAAAGUCGUCACUAUCAAGAGCUACGAAGAUCAGGACGAGUUGACUGCCGCUCUGAGCGGCGUGCACACGGUUUUGUCUUUUAUUUCCUGGGAUCCGACCCUAGUCGCCCAGAAGACUCUGAUCCAAGCAAGUAUUGCCGCAGGGGUAAAGCGCUUUGCGCCGACCGAAUGGGGGAUUCGCAGCAAGUCCGGAUUCCCAGGCUAUGCCAGCAAGGACCAAAUACACGAGUACCUGCAGGAGCUCAACGCAGAAAAGACCGUGUUGGAGUACUGCCUGUUCCAGCCAGGCACUUUUACGAAUUAUCUGGCGUAUCCGCUGCAGACUGCCGAUCAUUUGUACAUCUCAUGCACGUACCUGGACGUCGUCAAGAAACAGGCGCUCAUCAUCGAAGAUGGCGAAAUCUGGCACACAUAUACCACUAUUCAGGAUACGGCCAAAGUCGUGGCCAAGGCACUGAGUUACCCUGGCAAGUGGCCAGAGACAGGCGGCAUUGUCGGUGGUAGGAUCAAGGAAAAGGAUUUGAUAAAGCUGGCAGAAGAAAUCCGAGGUGAACCUUUUGAGCGACACGUGUUGAAAAUUGCAGACCUCGAAAAGGGCGAAUUCAACUCUAGCUGGAUCCCAGUCAACGAUCAUCCCAACAUGCCUGCGGAAAUGAAAGGGCCCGACCUGGUGAAGAUAUACAUGCCCCCGUUUCUACUCGCGGGCGUGGGAGGCGCUGUAGAUUUGCCCCCUGUUUGGAAUUCUCUGUUGCCAGAUCUUGAGCUGGAGGACGUUGAGACGUUUUUGCGUCGGGUGAUGUAG